UGCCCUGCCCCCUUUUCCCCCUGUGCACUUUGCGCUUUGCUCUGCGGUUCUGCUUUUCAUCCCUGGGGGACUUGGAGUUCUCUCAUUCCAAUCAUUCCAGUCUCAGCGAACAAUCGGCCCUCAGUUAUUUAAUAGCAGCGCGAUCUCUCGCACCGCUCAGUCUGUUUGUGAGAUCUUCUCAGACGCACACCGUAGCAGCGCGCUCUCUCUCUCUCUCAGAGCAACAAAUACUCUACAUAAUUUGCAGUUCCACUACAUUUUAUUAGGAUUCAAUUUUUUUUCCGUCAGCAAGAAAUAUAAACAAUAUACGCCGUGAACAACUUGCUUCCGUGGUGAGAAUGUAAAUUGAUCUGUGGUUUAUUAAGAAUCCAAAACAUCCAACUCUUCAACCCAUCCAUUCACUUAUAUAUUCUCUGAUUGACUGAGAUGAGAACUGCUGAGGCGUCUUCUGGCACGGUUCUACACCGUCUAAUCCAGGAGCACCUCCGUCACGGGAACUCCACGGACACCAGUACCCUCCUGGCCAUCCAGCAGCAGGCCCUGCGUGGAGGCAGCAACAGCAGCGGAGGAGGCGGUACCGGAUCACCCCGCUCCUCUCUGGAGAGCCUGACCCAGGAAGAGUCCCAGUUCAUCCACAUGUCCACCAGACAGGACCCCCAGGGUCAGGAGUACCAGGGGGACUACAAACACUGUGAGAGGGACUCCGUGUGUCACCUCUACCAGCUCCACAGACACGGAGAGGAGCUGCCCACCUAUGAGGAGGCCAAGGCUCACUCUCAGUACCUGGCCUCGGUAGGGGCCCAGCAGGGUCAACCUCAGCUGGGACCUGAGAUGAUGGAUCACCAGGGAGAUGGCCAGUGGGACCUGAAACGGAAGCACGCCCGGAGCCUCAGUGAGCGUCUCAUGCAACUCUCCCUGGAGAGAUCAAGCAGAGACAUUCAGCCUCUCAGCUCCUCUCACAGUUACCCUCAACUGUCUAAUGGCCACUCUGGGCCUGUUGAACACCAGGGGCCAGAGUUUCAGAGGGGACCUCCCCCAGACUACCCCUUCCUGGUCAGGCCUCCUGGAUACAUGCUCAGCCACUCACAGGAGACACACGGACACUACUAUCAGGAACCACCUCCCUCAUUCCAAUCACAGCACAGGUACGUACCUUCCCAGCCCCAGGCCGAGGUUGUUCGACACAGUGUCCACUAUGGUCCAGAGGUCUACAUGAGCCACAGCAACCCCAGUACUCACAACAACACUGCCCAAAUGGACCUGUUGAGGGAGAAUGAGAGACUAAGGAAAGAGUUGGAGGUGUACAGCGAGAAGGCCGCCAGACUUCAGAAGCUGGAAGUAGAGAUCCAGAGGAUAUCUGAGGCCUACGAGACCCUGAUGAAGGGCUCUGCCAAGAGAGAGACCCUGGAGAAAACCAUGAGGAACAAACUGGAGUCAGAGAUCAAGAGACUGCACGACUUCAACAGGGACCUCAGAGAUCGUCUGGACAACGCUACCAAACAGCAGGAAGUUGAAUCCGCAGACAGGAAACAGCAGGUCUUCACCAAACUCCUGGAACAAAACGAGGAACAGCAGCGGGAGGUGCAGCGUCUGCGUGGCUCCGGGGAGGAGUGGCUUCGGCGCCGGGAGGUGCUGGAGCAGGCCCUGGGGUCGGCACAGGCCCGUAACCUGGCCCUGGAGGAGGAGCUUAGGAGGAAGAGGGCGUACGUAGAGAAGGUAAAGCGGCUGCAGAGUUCCCUGGGCCAGCUACAGGCAGCCUGUGAGAAGAGAGAGGCCCUGGAACUGAGGCUGAGGACCAGGCUGGAGCAGGAGCUGAAGAGCCUCCGAUCAGCACAGUCCCACAGCACGGCUAGUGGUCCUGGCUCCCUGCCCUCUGAUCUGAGCUCCAUGGUGUCUGUACAGCAGCAGCAGCAGCUGGCUGAGAGAGAAGAGAGGAUCCUGGCUCUGGAGGCUGACAUCACACACUGGGAACAGAAGUACCUGGAGGAGAGCACCAUGAGGCAGUUCGCUAUGGACGCAGCCGCCGCCGCUGCAGCUCAGAGAGACAGCAGCGUCAUCAAACACUCGCCUCGUCACUCACCCGACAACAGCUUCAACGACCACCUGCCAUUCAGCCACAGGCAUCGGGAGAUGGAGAACAGAGUCCGAGCGCUACACUCCCAGCUCCUGGAGAAGGAUGCAGUGAUCAGGGUGUUACAGCAACGGUCUGGACGUGAGCAGAACAGGCUAGAGCAGCAGGACCUCCGUCCAGCCAGGUCCGUCCCCUCCAUCAGCAACGAGCAACAUUACCUCCGUCCAGCCAGGUCCGUCCCCUCAAUCAGCACCGAGCAGCAGGACCUCCGUCCAGCCAGGUCCGUCCCCUCAAUCAGCACCGAGCAGCAGGCCCUCCGUCCAGCCAGGUUCAUCCCCUCCAUCAGCACUGAUGGCCCAGUGGAGCAACCCAUCCAGGGGAAAGGAAAGAGCCUCUCUGAUGACCAGACGGCUGCUGCAAUGUCUCCUCUCUCCCUGCCCCCGCACCAACACCCCUACGCCCCGUUGGCCCUGCCCACGCUGUUGCUCCUGUCCAAGCCCCAGAGCAGGGACUGCAGCACCCAGUGUGACCGUGAUGUGCUAGCCCAGGAGACGGAUCUUACAGUGGAUCCCACCAGCAUGCUAGCACCCUCUGAGACUUCCUCGACCUCAACACCUGCCUGCGAGCACUUCCUGGCACCACUCAACACACACCAGAGCUCCAGAAGUUCAGACUCAGCAGCAGAAGUGGUGGAAAUCCUAGUUUAAGAAACGCCGAACUGUGGGAUCCGCUGUGGGAUGGAUGGUGACAACACGGUAGACGACCGAGAGAUCCUCAUGUCCUGUAUGUCCCUCCCAACGAGGAGAAGACAACCUGUCUGUCUCUGGUCAGACUGACCUCCAGAUGGACACUUCCUUUGGAGAAGGACAGACAGUUUGGAGACAGUGUGGAGAAUGUUUGGAGACAUGGACAUGUUCUCCCUACCUACGUACCUAGCUACCUAGCUACCUACCUACCUACCUAACAAUCUACCUACGUACCUACCUAACUAUCUAUCUACCUACCUAACAAUCUACCUACCUACCUAACAAUCUACCUACCU